CCGAUUUGAAUCUGACAUUUCGCUGUGACUGAGGGAUUAUGUAUUGAGCAGUCUUUGCGGUUUUUCUUUACAGGUCAAAAGGUACAGGGGACUACAUGAUUUCCACCACCCUGUGAACGAGUAAACAUCACCUACUUUCAAGCUUUAUCUUUUUCGUCAGUCCUCUAAUAUGGCGCAAGGUUUUUUGACUGUAGCAAUACUGGUUGGAGUUGUGGCGGUUCUGUCAUAUUAUGCUUGGCAGAACGAGGAAGUGAAACUUGCUAUAAUAACAGCGAAGGAACAACUUUUCCAAGGGACUCCUGUCUCGUACGAUAAAAGCGAGAUACCAAGUAAAUCAAGAACGGAAGGAGAAAAGAAAGAACAUUACAAACAAGAGCGAGGGAAAGGCGAUAGAACCGAAAAGAGCGAUAGAGAACACAAAGACGACGAAACCGGAAGUCGGGGAAAAAGCGCGCAGGAAAAUGAACAAAAAGAAAAUGCCAAAAAAGCGGUGCCUAGGGGACAUUUGAAAUAUCUGGGAGAACACGGCUCUCCUAUUAUACAGGGAGAAAUCGAGGAACUUGACUUUGUGCCGAACGGGAAAGACUUUUAUGAACACUUUGUUCGCCAGAGAAAGCCGGUAGUUCUGAGAGGCGCAAUCAAAAACUGGCCAGCGGUAAAACAUUGGUCAAAUGAAUCGUAUCUCGCGGAGAAAUACGGCGAUAUCAUAUUCGACGUACAAUUCACUAAAAAGUAUGAAACAAUUUUACCAAUAAAAAAGACAAUGAACCUCAAGGAGUAUCUUAAAAUCUACAAGAAGGAAAACGUUUACCUGGACUGCCCCUUUCCACAUAGCCCUAUGACCCAAGACAUUCUAGUGCCGUACAACCUACAAUGCCCCGAGCUCCUUAGCGGAAUCGCUAGUACUCAUUUGCUUUUCAGCAGCGGGAACACAAGCUCUAGUAUUCACUAUGACGGCUAUGAGAAUCUGCUGAGCUUGGUAUCGGGAACAAAGGAAGUCCUGGUCGCAAAUUACUCCUACACUGACCGCUUCUACCACCGUAACUACACCACUGUGAAUAUCGAGGCUCCUAUCGAUCCAGAAGCAGUGGACCUACUCAGAUUCCCCAAGAUCGCCGAGGUGCCUUUUCACAAGGUGACACUAAAUGCUGGUGACAUUCUCUACAUACCACAAACCUGGUGGCAUCAUGUUCGCUCCUUUGACUCUCCCAACAUUGGCAUUGCUCUCUGGUUCCACAUGUUUAAAGAGGAAGAAGCAUUUAGUGAAGCUACAGAGGAGGAUGAAGAUGAAAUUGAUGCCUUGAAAUAUAUGGCAGCAUUUAAAAGACUUGUGGACAGGGCCCCUUCAACCAUUGAGUGUCGCUCUCAGAAUCGGCCUGUGUCUGAAGUCUUCUGGCCCAAAGGAGAUGAACCCAAUCAACCUAACAGAGAGGACCCUGAUAAAUGGACAACAAUUCUUGCUAGUGGAUACAAAAUGCCCAUGCUUGGGUUUGGAACUGCUGGUUUGUUUGAAGAUGCUCAAAAGUCAAUAGUUGUUGCAUUAAAAGAAGGCUACAGAAUGAUUGACACAGCGCAAGCCAGGGGUUAUGAUGAAGCAUCAGUUGGUCUUGCUAUUAAGGAGAGUGGGGUACCACGAGAGGAUAUCUUUAUUGUGUCCAAAGUUGAGCCAAGAAAUCUUGGGUAUGAGGACACUCUUCGAUCAGUUGAGGAAUCAUUGAAGAAGCUUAAGACGUCAUACAUUGACUUAAUGCUUAUCCAUGCUAUGGAAUGCGAGAUGGAACCUGAGGCAUUUUUGACCUGUGGUGAAGGGGAGCCAAGAGGGACUUGGCAAGACUCAUGGAGAGCCUUAGAGGAACUCGUAUCUCAAGGCAAGAUUCGCAGCAUUGGCGUCAGCAAUUUUGAAGUAAAGGACCUGAAAAAGCUGAAGGACAUCGCCAAGGUUCCACCGUCUGCUAUUCAGAAUUUUUUUACUCCGUUUUACCAAGAUAAAGCCACCAGGCAGUACUGCAAAGAAAAUAACAUCAAGUAUAUGGGCUAUAGCACCUUGGGUGGAAUGUAUGUGCGCGAAGGCUUCGACAAGAAUCCUGUGCAGAACAACUUCGAAUUGCAGCGUAUAGGGGGAGUGUUUGACGCCACUGUGAGUCAAGUGGUGUUGAAAUGGGCAUUAGAACAAGACGUGUUGGUGAUCCCGCAGUCCCGAACGCCUAACCACAUUAGGACGAACUUCCACUUGGACCACGUGCAACUGGACUCCAAACAAAUGGCGUAUUUUGACAGCUUGGAUGGCUUGUAUUCAGAACAAGAGGACGAAGAGGUAGCUCCGGUUAGCACGAAAACCGCCAAAGAAGAGCCGAAAGCAAAAGAAGAGGAGGAACCCAAGAAACCUGUACGAGACCCUAGCAUCAUAGACAAGUUAACGCUGGUGAAGAAGGUUGAUCCGUCAGAUGCCACCCUGUACGUCAGCUCGGAUGACCAAGUGAUCUAUGCCCUUGACGCCAAGACCGGGGACCUCAUGUGGAAGUACGGCACGGCUGAAGACGGCGGCUCCAUGUGUGCGUUCAGCCCUGACGAAACCGUGCUGUACUGCGGCACGGAUGAUAACUUCAUACGCGCCUUUAACCGCCUCGAUGGCACUUUGCUGUGGAAGUUCAAGACGGAGGGUGCUGUGACAUCAUCCACGCGAGUCGGUACCGAUGGGACGCUGUUUGUCGGGUGCGUCGAUGGCCACAUUUAUUGCAUCAAGCCGGAUGGGACACUCAAGUGGAAGAAGCACCUUGGGGACCAGGUUUGGGCCACGCCAGCCCUACAGGACGGCGGUCGUGUCGUCUUUAUCGCCUCCAUGGCACAGGAACCCCACAAUGUGUUCGCCCUGCAAGGGGAGACUGGGGAGGUCCUCUGGCAGCGUCUGACGGGCGGGCCUGUGUUCGCCUCGCCGGCCCUGAGCGCGGAUGAGAGCACUGUGUACGUGUGCUCGUUUGAUGCGAAUUGUUACGCGUAUGAGAGUGCCACGGGUAAGAUCAUGUGGGUAUUCGAGGCCGAUGCUUCGUUCCAGUCGUCCCCAGCCCUGAGCAAGUCUAGAGGACUCAUGUUCGUCACCUCAACUGAGGGCAAUAUGUUCUGUGUUCGACUGAGUGAUGGCAAGAUUCAAUGGAUCCAUAAAUCCAAGGGCGAGUUUUUCUCCACUGCGUUUGUGGCCGCGGAUAACCGAGUGUACGUGGGGUCUGGGACGGGAAAUGUCUUGGCCCUCAACCAAUCAGAUGGCUCUCUUAUCUGGUCCUUCAAGACGGAGACAGACGAUAUGGUGUACUCUUCACCCAAGAUGACGAAAGACGGCACUCUUUAUAUCGGCGGAGUGGAUGGCUAUUUGAACGAUUUGUUGUUUUUUCUAGUGGAUGGCUAUUUGUACGAUAAUAUCUUUUAACUGAUUAUUUUUUUAUUCUAGUGGUUGGCUAUUUGUACGAUGACAUCUUUUAACUGAUUAUUUUUUAAUCUAGUGGUUGGCUAUUUGUACGAUGACAUCUUUUAACUGAUCAUUUUUAAUUCUAGUGGAUGGCUAUUUGUACGAUGACAUCUUUUAACUGAUCAUUUUACAUUCUAGUGGAUGGCUAUUUGUACGAUGACAUCUUUUAACUGAUCAUUUUACAUUCUAGUGGAUGGCUAUUUGUACGAUGACAUCUUUUAACUGAUCAUUUUACAUUCUAGUGGAUGGCUAUUUGUACGAUGACAUCUUUUAACUGAUCAUUUUACAUUCUAGUGGAUGGCUAUUUGUACGAUGACAUCUUUUAACUGAUCAUUUUACAUGCUAGUGGAUGGCUAUUUGUACGAUGACAUCUUUUAACUGAUCAUUUUACAUUCUAGUGGAUGGCUAUUUGUACGAUGACAUCUUUUAACUGAUCAUUUUACAUUCUAGUGGAUGGCUAUUUGUACGAUGACAUCUUUUAACUGAUCAUUUUUAAUUCUAGUGGAUGGCUAUUUGUACGAUGACAUCUUUUAACUGAUCAUUUUACAUUCUAGUGGAUGGCUAUUUGUACGAUGACAUCUUUUAACUGAUCAUUUUACAUUCUAGUGGAUGGCUAUUUGUACGAUGACAUCUUUUAACUGAUCAUUUUACAUUCUAGUGGAUGGCUAUUUGUACGAUGACAUCUUUUAACUGAUCAUUUUUAAUUCUAGUGGAUGGCUAUUUGUACGAUGGCAUCUUUU